CAGAGAUCUUUAAACUACUAGACACACAAAAGAAACAUCUAUUUUCAGUCACAGACACACUGAACUCGUUUGCUUUUAUGUUUAUUUAGGUCCUUCCCAGAGGAGAUCUGCGUCUUACCUGCCAAACUGCUUAAAUUGCUUAUUAUUUUUCAGCGUCGUCGCGCAGCAGUCAUAUUUAAUUGUUUAUUUCACUCUUCAAGUCCACGAGCUUCUCAAAAGACCCGCGUGAGGAGGAAGGCUGGAGAGCUGUGAUAUGUAAAUGACAGCUGGAUGUGUGAAGUGUGUGCAGUAGUAUACAGUGAGCUGAGCGUUACUGUAGACGAAUUCACAACACUUUGGCUGUGGCAUUUUUGGCUAUAUCGACAUGACAACUUUUGAUUUUUCCGACGUGGAGGCAUUUUUGGAUUGCCAUCCGGAGCUUUUUGAGGAAUAUCUCGUCAGAAAGGGGAAAUGUGACACCCUGAGCAGGUGGAUCAAAGAGCAUCAGCCGUCCAAAACGUCUCCGGUAGAGGAGAAACGCGGGGUCGCGAGGGAUCCAUUCUGGCCCACGAACCCUGAUGGACUGAAGCGCAGAUCAUCCCACAUGGAGCUCCGCAGGAACUUCGCCCGGUCCAAAGCGAUGACGGCGCACCGGACCUACGACGAGCACGUCAGUCUCACGGCUCACGAGUCCCAGUCAAGUAUGCGACGGCGCGCGCUCUUGCGGAAAGCCAGCUCGUUACCGCCGACCACCGCGCACAUCUUGAGCGCGCUGCUAGAGUCCCGGGUGAACGUGCCUCAAUAUGCCUCUAGCGCCAUUGACUACAAAUACAGACUCAAAGAGUCCAACGAGAGGGAGUUCUUCCUCGAGCUGGUUAAGGACAUUUCUAACGAACUUGACAUGACGAACCUCAGUUAUAAGAUUCUUAUCAAUGUGUGCAUCAUGGUGAACGCAGACAGGUGUUCGCUUUUCCUAGUGGAGGGACCGUCUCAUAAGAGGACACUUGUGUCCAAGUUUUUUGAUGUACACUCGGGUACGACGGUGCGACCCUCUUCGAGCACUCUGGACUCAAACGAGGUGCAGGUUCCGUGGGGAAAAGGCAUCAUAGGUUAUGUAGCAGAACACGGAGAAACCGUCAACAUCCCGAACGCAUACGAGGACCAUCGGUUCAGUGAUGAGAUUGACAAGCUGACAGGCUAUAAGACUCAGUCCAUUCUGUGCAUGGCCAUCCGCAACAGUGACGGCGAAGUCAUCGGCGUAGUGCAGGCCAUCAAUAAGAACCCCAGCGGAAAUCCAUUCACUGAGGACGAUGAGAAGGUGCUGCAAAUGUAUCUACCAUUCUGCGGAAUAUCGAUCUCCAACGCCAAACUCUUCUCUGAAUCCCGCAAGGAGUAUGAGAGGAGCAGGGCACUGCUGGAGGUGGUGAAUGAUUUGUUUGAGGAGCAGACGGACCUGGAGAAGAUUGUGAGAAAGAUCAUGCAGCGUGCGCUGACAUUGUUGCAGUGUGAGCGCUGCUCCGUCCUUCUGCUUGAAGACAUCCACUCCCCUGUAGUGAAGUUCUCCCAGACAUUUGAGCUUAUGUCUCCACUGUGCAGCGUCGAUCAUGACAUCAGCAUGGAGAAGGUGUCUUGUUCGGACUGGCUAAUCAAUAACAGCAUUGCUGAGUUGGUUGCAUCAACCGGACUGCCUGUUAACAUUAGUGACGUCUGUCAGGAUCCCCGCUUUGAUGCUGAGGCGGACCAGGCUUCUGGUUUUCAUAUCAGAUCAGUUUUAUGCGUCCCCAUCUGGAAUCGGACACAUCAGAUUAUUGGUGUUGCCCAGAUUCUGAAUCGCUUGGACAGGAAGACAUUUAAUGAUGCAGAUCAAAGGUUAUUUGAGGCAUUUGUUAUUUUCUGUGGUCUGGGCAUUAACAACACAAUGAUGUAUAACCAGGUGAAGAAGACUUGGGCCAAGCAGUCUGUGGCUCUAGAUAUGCUGUCCUAUCAUGCUACAUGCUCUAAGGCAGAGGUUGAUCGACUGAAAGCUGCUAAGAUUCCCCUAAGCAGUGAGCUCGGGAUCGAUGAGUUCCACUUUAAUGACUUUUCUCUGGACAACGACGCCAUGAUCACUGCCUCCCUGCGGAUGUUUUUGGAGCUUGGUGUCGUGCAGAAAUUCAAAAUUGAUUAUGAGGUGCUGUGCCGCUGGCUGCUUACCGUGAGGAAGAACUACCGCACGGUAGCCUACCACAACUGGAGGCACGCCUUCAACGUCUCGCAGUGCAUGUUUGUUAUGAUCACUACUGCUGGGUUCCAGGAGGUGCUGACAGACUCAGAGAUUCUCGCACUUAUGGUUGGGUGUUUCUGCCAUGACCUGGACCAUCGGGGCACAAAUAAUGCCUUUCAGGCAAAGUCUGGGUCAGCACUGGCGCUGCUGUACGGAACAUCUGCCACACUUGAGCAUCAUCAUUUCAACCACGCUGUCAUGAUCCUGCAGAGUGAGGGUCACAACAUUUUUGCUAAUCUAUGCUCCAAGGAGUACAGCAACAUGAUGCAGCUACUGAAACAGGCCAUUCUGUCCACAGAUCUCACCUUGUAUUUCAAAAGAAGAACCAAGUUCUUUGAGGUUGUUCUCUCUGGACAGUUCAGUUGGAGUAAUGAAGAACAUAGAGACAUGUUCAGGUCUAUGCUGAUGACUGCCUGCGACUUGGGUGCAGUGACUCGACCAUGGGAAAUCUCAAAACAGGUGGCUGAACUAGUGACCAGUGAAUUCUUUGAACAAGGUGACAGAGAGAGAUCAGAGCUGAAGUUGACACCAGCUGCCAUUUUUGAUCGUAAUCGUAAAGAUGAGCUCCCUGUUCUUCAGCUGGAAUGGAUUGAUGGAAUUUGUAAGCCACUAUAUGAGGCUCUUGUGAAGUUGAAUAGGAAGCUUCAACCGAUGGCAGAUGGAAUUGAUGCCAACCGAAAGAAGUGGGAGGAGCUUUGUCUGUCCUAUCAGCAAACACGCAGAGCCUCUGAGUGUAUCUCCAAUCUGAAGGCAGGAGAGAUAGAAUCCUCUCAGAGUUCAGACUCCACCCAUGAGACGGAAUCAAGUCAGAGUGAAGCAACCAAUCAGAGCAAAGACUCCACCCACUGUGUGGAGCCAAAUCAUACCCCAGUAGCCAAUUACAAAUAGGAGGCGUGAUGUGGCAAUUAAAGGACGGCCCACUGAGUAAUGAGGACUUUGACAGCUUUACUAUGUUUACAUACAAAAAAAAAAAACCAUGUUAACCAACUUUUCUUUGUUUGUUUCUUUUUUUACAUGGGUUGCUUUGAGAUUGACAGUAUUUCUAUUGAAAUUAAAGGGAUAGUCCACCAAAAAAUGAAAAUUCUGUCAUUUACUCACCCUCAUGUUGUUCCAAACCUGUAUGACUUUCUUUCUUCUGUGGAACAUAAAUAUUUUGAAGAAUGUCGGUAACCAGUUUCAGCUCCCAUUGUCUUAAAUUGUAUGGACAAAAAAAAAAAAAAAAAUUAUAUAUAUAUAUAUAUAUAUAUAUAAAUAAUGGAACCGAAACCGUUUGAUUGCCAACAUUUUUCACACAAUGCUUCUUUUGGGUUCCGCAGAGAUAAGAAAGACCAGGUUUGGAGCAACAUAAGGGUUAUUUUUGGGUGAACUAUCCCUUUAAAUCAGGCACUUGCACUUGCAGCACAAUUUAAAACAUUAAACAAUGACUAUGGUUUUAAAAUGAAAGUAUAACAACCCAUAUUUUUGAGAUUUAGUCUCAGAAAAAAAAAAAUUAUAAUGGCAUAUGUGACAAAACUGUGAAAAUUCAGGUGCACAAAAAAUUGAAUGUCAGAAUUUGUAAUGUGUUUAAUGCUCAGAUGUUGCAUUCAGUGAGUCUUUACUGCUAUAUUGCAAGUUUUACAAAGCCUAGAAUUACAUAAAUAUAAAACAGAGUUGCUGAUAGGAUUCCUAUGCUUGAGAUGCAGAAACUGAGCACUGAUUUGAUGAAUGUAUAAAUUAAUAUCACUGUGAUUUUUUUGCUGUUGUCUCUUCAGACUUGCAUGGAACCACUGGGACAACUGCUGAUUGUGUUAUAAUUUUAUAUUGAAGAGCACAAAUUGUUUAAUGUUUGUGUAUGCAUCCUUAGCCUCAUGUACCUUUCAAUCAUAAAAUAGUAUAGCUACAUUACUACAACUUUUACUGCAAAAAUACAGUAUACAUUGUCUUGCACAUGAUUGCAUACCAACUGUUCACAUGGCAAACAGAAGAUUAUUCAGAAUGAAUUUGAAUCAGGGAUACGUCCUUGAAAGUUGAUUUCUAAGAUGAACCAAAGUCAGUUAUCACACUACUUAAAAAGUGAAUUUGUUGCAUGCAAAACAGACAUCUGUUCUUGGCAUGUGAGUUUCAGUGUUCAUUUUUGUCACGUUUAAAUUUAGUAUGUGAAAUUUAUUGUAUUGUUUUGAAUGCACUACGAAUGCCAUGAAAUGCAUGCUGCAUAGAUUUGACAAAAGCAACUUUAUGCUUUAAAUGAGAGUUAAACUCUCGGGUUGUGUUGCAGUCUUGCUACUAAUGUUUAUCGGUGUGCACACGGUCAGAUUAUGCUCUUUCAGUUCAGUUUGUCUGCCUUAUUAAAAUGAAAUGUAACUAUUUUUGCAUUUAUUAUGAUUGGACAUUUCAAAGAAAAGAGAAAGAAUGCAUUUAUAUUCAUACCGUGAAAAAGAAGGCCAGAAAUAGCUUUUAUAUUUUAUUAGCUAUAACAUAAAAUGUUCAUAUAUCAUACUUGGUGCCUCAGCGUGUCUCUUGUAGAGAGAUUCUCAUACUGUAUUUCAAUGGAUCAUAUAUCCAUCAAAUGCCACAUGAAUGAAUAUGAUAUACUGUGCAGUUUGUAAGAGGUACACAGGGUUUUUUCUUGCCAGACUGAUUGCUGGUCAUUUUCCUCAGGCUGUUUUGUAAAUAAAGAUCACUGUGAUGCAA